UGCCACACAGUCGUCUCUGGUGCACCAGGCAUCAUCCAAAUUUGUCUACAGUCAGGAGACAGCCGGCCGGCAAUGGCUGCAAUUCAUGCGGCCGCCAUAUUGCUCAUAAGCCAAGCUGUGGCCCUGCACACUCAGCACUCCGCAGCCCUCUCAGCUCCAAGACGACACGUGACGCGUCGAGCGUUCGCUGCAAGUUGCGUCCUCGCUGCCGCGCCGCGACCCGCGACCGCUGCGGGCAACGCGCGCGACCGCUUCGUGGAACUCGUGCAAGCGCGCGCGCCGACGAAGGAGAUCGACGACGCCGUCGACGCGCUGCCCGCUCAGCCAGCGAUCGGCAGCUCCUUCGCACGGCUGGCGAAGGGCCGCUGGCGCGUCGUCCACGCGCCACACAUCAAAAAUAUCCUCGGCCGAUUGCUCGGCUCCCGUUUUGACGUGGUCUACGACAUCGGGGUGGACGGCGACGGCGGUCCGAUGGAAUCGAACGUCAAAUACGCCGGCUUUUGGGGCGAGGGCUACCUGUCGACGCGCGGAACGUGGCGCCGCGACGGCGACCGCUGCGUGUUGGACUGGAGAGACGGCUGGUGGGACCCGGGGGCAACGCAGCCGUCAUCAGACCCGGCCGACUCGUACGCCGCCGAGACGAUCCGACCGAUGGCGCGGGCGGGCUUCAUACCGCUCUUCGCGACGUUCCCCGUCGACUACCUCGACGAGGACCUCUGUGUGUUUGUCUUUCCGUUGUUUGGAACGCGCAUCGUAGCUGUCCGCGAGGGCAGUGCGAUAGCUCGCGAUUUGAGUGAGAUAGUAGUAACCGAUUAA